AUGAGCAUUUGGCCAACUGGAGAGCAGAGACUACCCCCGCUGUCUCAAAUGAUGCGGACACUAAGAACAGAGUUCCAGCUAGUCAUCGCCACUUAUAACAACGAAAUCUGCCUGCCGCCAAAUGCGGACGAAAACUUAAAGCGUCAGUUAAUCAAGGACGAAAUUCGAGACCAGAGAGUAUUCCUGGAGUACAUGAAACUCCACAUCCGGGACCUGGAAGAUCAGCUCAAGCAAAGAGAGGCGGGAGUGUCGUUUCUAGCAAACGCUCCCAAGCCUGAGAGGCAGAAGGAGGAUGAUCAGAAGCGAAGUCCCCAAGCCGGGGAGCAAGAAACAAGGAAUAGCCGGUCCCACUCAGCUGCGGGGAAGCGGCGCUUGUUCAAGGAAUGA